GUGAAGAGAAGAAAAAGCUCCUCAGGGCUCUCAAGCAACUCAAGAUCAGCAAGUCGUAUUGGACGGAUCCCGUAAAGUCGGGUCAACCAGAUAGGUAUUGCACGUGGGCAGGCAUCAGAUGCCACAAAGAUGAUUGCCGCGUGAGUGAAAUCCAUUUUAAGCUGCCUGGCCGGUAUGCCACGCGCGGGAGCUUGGAUGGCCUCGCGUCCCUUCACGGGUUGGAAGUCUUGCUGCUCAUGGACCCUCGGGUCACCGGAGACCUGGGGACCCUGCAGGGCCUCAAACAGUUGAAGAUAUUGCAGCUUGGCAGCGCUAAGAUCAAUGGCAGCCUGGAAGGGCUGCAAGGUAUGUUGCAGCUGGAGCGUCUGGAUCUGCAUAGUGAAUGGAUUGAGGGCACCCUGGGAGCGUUGCGAGGCAUGGAGAAGAUUCAGCAUCUGGACCUGCGCAGCCCUCGCAUCACCGGGGACCUGGACAAUCUUCGGGGCAGGAAGAUGUCUUAUUUGCAGCUUGGCAAGGGGGCCACAGGCAGUUUGGAAGCCUUGCAAUUUCGCGAGUAUUUGGACACGCUGACUCUCUACGGCAGUGAGAUUACUGGCAGCCUGCAGUCGCUCAAACGCAAGUAUAAGCUGCAGGUUCUGAUCCUUCAUGGUGAUCAAAUCACAGGUGAGUUAGAAAGCCUGAAGGGCAUGGAUAACAUGACGAAGUUGGAUCUCCGCGCCUCCGGAGUCACUGGGAGCCUACAGGCCCUGCGGCGCAUGCUUGACAUGAAAGGGCUGAUCCUCCAUGGCGCCCAAAUUUCUGGCAGCUUGCAGGCGCUGCAAGGCAUGGAAGUCAUGGAGGAGUUGGCACUCCACAGCUUACACAUCAACGGCACCAUGGAAAGCUUGUCCGAUAUGACCCAUCUCGAGGUGUUGUGCCUCCGUGGCUGGGAAAUUAAGGGCAGCUUAAAGCAUUUGACAAAGGUCAUGCGGCAAUUGAGGGGCCUCGACCUCGUCAACACCAAGGUGGACGGCGCAUUGAUCGCGUUGAAGGGUCACGCGGUCCUCAAGGAGUUCUGCUGA